AUGGGGGAUAAUUCACCUCCUCGGGAAGCCAUGGUUAAUAUUGCCAAUGACAAAAAUAGAGGCAAACUGGACUACGCAACUCCCGAAUUUGGUCAAUUGGCCUCGGGAAUUGGUAUACCCGAAAUGACAGCAACAUCUUUUGAACCCAAGCCGGUUAUGUUUCAAAUGAUUUCCGCUAUGGGUCAGUUUGGGGGAUUAUCUUCGGAAGAUCCGCACUUUCAUUUGAAAUCUUUUAUAGAAAUGACAGAUCAUAUUAAAAUUCCCGGAGUUACUCAAGAGGCCUUAUGCUUGACGCUUUUCCUUUAUACAUUGAAGGAUAGAGCUAGAGCAUGGCUAAAUUCCCAACCACCAAACUCGAUCCUUACUUGGAAUGAUUUGGCGGAAAAAAUUCUAAAAAAAGAGUUUCCUCCGACAAGGAAUGUAAAGAUUAAAAAUGAAAUUAUGGCGUUUCGUCAAGAAGAAGAUGAAGCGGUAUCGGAUGCAUGUGAGAGAUUCAAGGACCUUCUUAGGAAGUGUCCUCACCACGGAAUCCCUCAUUGUAUUCAAUUGGAAACGUUUUAUAAUGGACUUUCUAGUGCCGCUAAGAUUAUUCUUGAUGCAACGGCCGGUGGUGCUUUUACAGCUAAAACCUACAACGAGGGGUAUGACAUUUUGGAACGAAUUUCUAAUAAUAAUACUGAAUGGUCUAACCCUCGUGCUGUCAUUUCUAAAUCAGCCUCGGGCAUUCAUGAGCUUGAUGUCAUUUAUUCUUUGAAUGCCCAAAUUGUUGCUCUAACUAAUUUGGUUAAGAAUAAUUUAAACUUGAAUGGGGAAAAGAAUCAAGUCCAAUCCAUAAUGUCUAAUUCUUCCAUGACUGAAUCUUGUGUUUUCUGUGGUGAAAGUCAUUCUUAUGAGUUUUACCCCGGAAACUCCGUUUCGGUAAAUUAUGUUGGAAAUCAUACAAGAAAUAGCCCAUUUUCUCCAACGUACAAUUCAAAUUGGAGAAAUCAUCCGAAUUUUUCAUGGACCGGAAAUCAGGGACUUCAACCCCCCGGGGCAACUCAAGUCCAAAACCGACCUUCAAAUCCCCCAGGAUUUAAUCAAGGCAGUCAUUACAUGCAAGGUAAUAAUCACAUGCAAGGUAAUCAUCACAUGUACCAAAGUGGACAAUCUUCACAACCACAUGCACCUAGGCAACAAAAUGCAUCGGAGGGUAAUGGUUCACUCGAAUAUUUACUUAAAGUUUUUAUAAACCAAACCAAUGCCACCAUGAGGAGUUUUGAGACCCAACUUGGUCAAUUUGCCACGGAUCUCAAGAAUAGACCUCAAGGAACUUUGCCUAGUGACACGGAAACACCUAAGGAACAUGUUAAGGCCGUGACUUUAAGAAGUGAUAAGAACUUGGGAGACUCUAAUGCCGAAAUGGAAACACCUAGUGAGCCGAUUUGUCAAGAAAAUAUUUCACAUUUUUUUGACACAUCGAAAUUUUUAGUUCUGUUUCCUACAGCUGAAGAAGCUCAAAUUUCAGUUUCUGUUCCAGAAACAGCAGCUUUGCCCAGUUCCAGCACCACCCAGUCUCCAACUGACACUGCUCACAGUGGGCAGAAACUGCCCACAACCCAGCAGAAUAAGACCGAUCCAACUGAUUUAGAUCUAAGAGAUUUACCUUUUUCAGGCAGGAUGAAAGCCAAAAAUGUGGAUGUUCAGUUUAAGUUCUUGGACAUCUUUAAGCAACUCCACAUUAACAUACCUUUGGUAGAAGCUCUAGAGCAAAUGCCAAGUUAUGUUAAAUUUUUGAAAGCCAUCCUCAAUAAAAAAAAAGAAGACUUACUGAAUUUGAGACCGUGUCUUUGA